AUGCUUAAACGCAAGCCAUCUCGCGACCUGGCCAGCGGCCCCCACGUCUCCAUCUUUAGCGACGACCCCACGCUUAGUCGUCAUAAGCGGAAGCGUUCGCUCUUCCGUUCCAAGCGCAGCAGAGCGCAGUGGGUACCUGAACCAGAGCACGACAUGAGUGAAAUGCUAGAAUUCGUCUUGCAGCACGAAGAGGCGUUCAAGAACCAGUACCGCCUUGCAUCGCUCUAUGCAGACUUUCGGCAACAGCUCGAGAUAAACCCCGAAGGCUACCAUGCGAACAUCGCCGCAUGGACAAAGGCGCUCACCGACGCCUCGAGAGCGGGUGUUGUUCCCAGACAGGGCACCACACAUGAUCUCCUAAACAUACGAGCAGCCGACGAGCUCGCGCGAGCCCUGCAACAUCCGCAAUAUGGCAAGCCGACGUGCCUCCCCGCCGUCUUCCACGAGGCAGUGCAGAAGAAGGAGAUGGUACCUCUGAAAGACUUCUUGACAUCGAAAGAGAGCAUAUACAAGACAUCGUGGAUACCAUCACCAUGGAAGGUACUUCAGUGGAGCUUACGGCAGGUUGGCGUUUUAGGACAGGUACAAGCGCCAGCUAAGAUGGAGGUUGGGGACUUCGUGGUCAUCAAGAACGUGGAAGUUGCUGCAGACAAGAUACUGAAGAAGAUGAAGGAGCACACAUCUACGGCUGAUCGGGUGUUAUCGAAAACAGACUUUCUGAAACGCUUCGCGACUGUACUCAAUCCCUCCGCCCCGCUUACAACGAACGAUCUUGAUAUCGUCCUUACAUUCCUCGCUAGAGACAAGCAGGCGAUAUCUUACAAUGAGCAGACGAUCAAGUUCAAGCCGGAACAUGAGCCUGCGCCUCUACCAGUCACUGAAGAGGACGCUGCUAUCGCCAAUCUUCGCGAUACACUAGCGAACAUCAACGCUCAAAUAUCGCCAUUGAUGGAAAAGAUUGCUUUGGCAGAUGCGGCGGCACGGGAAGCCGUAGUUGCGAAGCAGAUGGUCCGCGCCAAAGCUGCACUGCGCUCGAAGAAGCUUGCCGAAAACGCCCUCAAGCAACGUUCUGAUGUCGCCCUCCAGCUUGAGCAGGUUUACACAGACCUACAACAUGCAGCUGAUCAGGUCGAGAUCGUGGAGGCCAUGCGCGCUGGCGCCGCUGCACUGAAGGGUCUCAACGAGAAGGUGGGCGGUGCAGAGGGCGUUCAAGGUGUUGUUGAUGCCGUCAACGAACAAAUGGCGACUACAGAAGAGAUUACGAACAUCAUAAACGAAACCGACCAGCCUCUUGAUGAGGGUGAGAUUGACGACGAGUUCGAAGCAUUGGAGAAGGCGGAUCGUGAGAAGCGGGAGAAGGAAGAAGCCGAGAAAACCGCUACGAGACUCGCCGAGCUCGAGACCAUGGAGAGGAAGCGCAAGGAGAAGGAAGCUGCAAAUGAAAAGCAACGGCGGAAGGAGGCUGUCGAGGCGCACGAGACCGAGGAACAGGUUGAUGAGGCAUCUCAGAGCAUGGCAAGAAUGUCUUUCCAUCAGCCAGACGAUGAGAUGGAAGAUGCCGAAGAGAAGCGCACGCCUGCUUAUGCCUAG